UGAGCAUUUUUCUGUAUUGAAUAACAACUUCAACAAAAACAUUACAGUAUUACACAAUCCUCAUUGAAAGUAUCAACAUUCUUUUAGUCAUUAUGGAUAGUCAUAAUAACGCUAUUCAAAAUGUAGCCGCCAAUAAUAACGUCGUGAAACAUGAAGUCGUCCAAAAAGAUAUGAUCCGAAAUUUUGCCGUAAAAAACCAAAGUCGUCCGACCCCUCAUCAAAAUACCACAAAGAGCGAAUUAACUACAGGAACAAGAAAAUAAGUUGCUGAUGGUCACGAGCUCGCUGCAAAAAAAAAGAUGAAGGAAAAUUUGCCGAAUGAGAAAGCUAAAUUACGUUGUGUGCCUGCGAUUGCCAAUGCCGAAUCAGAUUCAGACUCAAGUGACGAGAAUGAUGGAGAAUAUCUAAAUAAUAACGGUCAUGACAACAUUCCACAAUACCACGUUGACGUAUGGUACAUGGUCGAUAAUAAUAUAGAUUUAAAUAACAAUGACCUACCAAAUGUAGGCGGUCAAAAUGGAGGCGACCAAGAUGAAGACGACGAAAUUGAUUUCGACGAAAUUCCCUUCGACGACAGUGAUUUGGAGGAAGAUGAAGACGAACAAGUCGAAGGCUAUCACGAAGAAUUCGUCCCAGAUGUUGGAGUCCAACAUGAAGGCUUUCAUGACUUCGGCUUUCACAUUGUAGAUGAAGACGAUCAUAAUAAUGGCAACUUUUGCCGUGCGAAAAAUCGUCACAAUGCAAGUUUUCGUGAAAACCUACACCUGCAUGACCAUUACCCUAGUGGUUGAGCCAUCUGAUACUAUAGAAAAUAUGAUAUGAUGAAAUAUCUAUUCUCAGCUAAAUGACGUUGUGCGCCUGCGAUUGCCAAUGCCGAAUCAGAUUCAGACGAGAAUGAUGAAGAAUAUCUAAAUUAUAACGGUCAUGACAACAUCACAAUACCACGUUGCCAUAUGGUACUUGGUCGAUAAUAAUAUAGAUUUGAAUAACAAAGUCCUACAAAGUGUAGGCGGUCAAAAUGGAGGCGACCAAGAUGAAGACGACGAAAUUGAUUUCGACGAAAUUCCCUUCGACGACGAUGAUUUCGAGGAAGAUGAAGACGAACAAGACGAAGGCUAUCAAAAAGACUUCGUCCCAGAUGUUGGUUUCCUAGAUGAUGGCUUUCAAAAUGAAGUCUUCCAAGACUUCGGCUUUCACAUUGUAGACAUUUAAGAUGAAGUCGGUAAUAAUAAUGGGAACCAAAAUAACCAAGAUAAUGAACUUCCAAAUAUGCUACCACCGGAUGAAUAUCUCCAAAUCUUAGAUCAUAUGAAUAUGAAUCGAAUUAAUCAUAAUGGUGAAGAAUAAAACUAUAGAGAGAGUACACCAAAGAAACCAAGAACGAACUUCCAAAUAUGCUAGUGCAAAAAAUCGUCACAAUGCAAAUUUUCGUGAAAACCUCCACCGGCAUGACCAUUACCCUAGUAAUGACGAGGAUGUAAUUCCUCCAGAUCAACAACGUCUGAUCUUCGCUGGAAAACAACUUGAAGAUCACCAUACUGUUUCCGAUUACAACAUCCAAAAAGAAUAUACUCUUCACUUGGUAUUGCAUCUUAGUAUAUUUUCUAUUGACGACUUCAAUUAAAUAAAUAUUAUUAUUAUUAGUGAAGUUAUCAUUGAGCCUUCUCUCAGACUCUUGGCCCAAAAAUAUAACUGCGACAAGAUGAUCUGUCGUAAGUGCUAUGCUAGGUUACAUCCUCGUGCCACCAACUGCAGAAAAAUUAAGUGUGGACAUACCAACAACCUUUGUCCCAAGAAGAAGCUAAAAUAGUUUCUCAAUGUAUGGAGGAGUGUAUUAAAAUCAAAAUAGCAAUAUUCAUGGUUUUUCACCCGAUUGGCAGAGAACUGUUGGUAUUAUUGUUCUAAUUUUCAUGGAAUAAUAAAUAUGGAAAUCCAUAUAAUAUGAGCAACAAUGGAAGAAUGAUCUGAUAAUUCAUACUACUACUCUUAUUUUUGUGAACAUUUUUGUAUAAGGCUGAUACUAAUACAAAUAGCUGA